AUGGAUCAUUUUGGCGAGAAACUUAGUAUUUCACAAGUAUACAACCUAGCACACGAAUUUCGAGACCAUGCCUAUUCAUAUGCGAAUAAAAUCGGAUCUGAAGAAGAGUUGAAACAGUACUAUUCCCUGAUAAAUAUGGCUAUUCGGAUGUUUCAGCUACUAAAGAGGGAAUGUACGCUUUCAGUGAUGGAGGAUAGUAAGAUUACGUUCGAGAUGGUGGAGUUACUCAUACAAGAGACGUACAAUUUUGACUUAGCAGAGCUUUACAUUUCCAGUUUGAAAGAACGACUGCAAACUCACCAGAACAGCAUAGAUUUGGUAGAAGAAGUCAUGCAUUGCGAAUUUCUGUUAUUGCACGAUUUGCCGCUGAUGAGAGAUAGCAAGUUCCACUACAAGAUUGCACUAAGGAACUGUAACGAACUAGUGCAGUACCUGGCAAGUUUACAGGAUGAAAUUUACCGGAAUUGGGCAUCUGUAUUCAAGUACGUCGGUGUGACGCUUUGCAUCAAGCUGAAGCAAUGCCGUCGGGUGAAGACAGGUUUUCGUGGGUUACUCUCGCAGUGCCCGGAGAAGUCACAAUGGAAGUGGUUUCUGAACUUGUGCUACGUGAACUAUUUACUGAACGAGAGGUUUCCGAUACCUGAAGAGGCUCUACAAGAUUUGAAGAGCACGGAGCUGGACACGGUGGGGCCCGAGCUAUAUGCGUGGAAGUUGGCGUUAGAGAUGGUUAUCCAGCUUUACAAAGACAAGAACAUUACGGAACAUCUGAACGAAUUCAAACGGUUUUUUGACACGAACAAGCAAUCUUUAGUCAGUGAUGAAGGUAAGGGAUGUUUGAUUAGACUUAUGCCACGCAUAACGUUGAGAGUAGAUCUGCCUAUGAUUUUUCACUAUAAGGAAUUGAAGAAUAUAUUGCUGCUACUGCAGAGUGUGAGCUACAUCGUGAACUGCUAUGACGAAAAGGGCAAUUUCUCGAGGAAGUUUUUGCCCAAAGUGUAUUCCACCACCCAGAAGCUGAUAAAGAACAUUGCGGCCAAUGGUGUUUCGAUGAAUGAGCUGGACUCGCGAAUUCAGACAUACAAGAGCAUUCUUGAUUUUUGCGAGUUUUACAAGGUGUGGGAAGAAAUAUUAUUAAGGGGAACCAUAGCGACAACAGAGUCAUCAAAACUAGGUCCCUCUCCGGCUUAUGUGAAACUGCUGCGAGCAAUGGAGGUUCAAUUUCAAGGUGAAGGGGCCGUGGAGGAGUACACGCGGCUUGCACAAUCCAGCGGCACAUCCAGCGAGGUAAAGAUGAUAUCGCUACUGAAUUGCUACACAGUCCAGGCAGCAAGAGUGAGCCGGUGUUCUGGGGAUGAGCGGAACGAGCUCGUGGAGCAGUGCAACAAAGUCUGGCAGCAAGUGGAAAAGUUGCUGCAGGAAACAGACCUGCAGUUCAACCCCAUAUGGGAGUGCACGGUGACUAUCCUAUGGCUUUUCAGCCAUUUUGAGCCGUUUACUUGGAACCCGCUGCCAUGUAGCGAUAAGGAGCGCGCCGACUACAUGUCGAAGCUUCGCCAAUUCUACUCCAGCAACAAGUUUGCUGGAGAAGGAGGUGCUGGGGACGGCCGCUUCAAGUUGAAGAAAGCUCUACUGUUACAAGUACUAGUAAACUACCUCGGGGGCCGCAUGCUGGAACACGACUUGGGGGAAAUCCAUGCGAUCUCAGGAAAGUGUUUCGACAUAUGCCGCCAGCAGGGCGGCAUGGGCAAGAUCCAAUACGUGGUCGGAAUAUGGCAUUUAAUGAACUGCACGGUGGGGAUGCGGGGAAAGGAUGUCGCUCUUACAAAAGCGAAGCUGGAGGCGCUGGUUAAGCAAAUAACCAGUGUCAAAUAA